GGAUUCGUUAGAUUUUCUGCCGUCAAGAUGUAGCAGCUGUCAGCAACAACGAAGAUAAAGUAACGUUAAACCAAUAACCGGACGAUAACGUUUGAUAUGUAGUCAGGAGAUAAAUGGUUUUAGAUGAUAAUAAAUAAAUAAGUAAGUAUGUAAUACAUCUAAAUCAGAAGACUUACACAAAGAAGGACAUGUGUCAGCUAUUGUUGAUUCACCUUAUCUGACCUGUGAAAGAUGAGUGAAGAGAUGGAUUCUCAAGGAAGUGUGACAGCUGAUGUCGAGCCAGAGGUUGUGAAGAAUGAUGUUCCCAAAGCAAACUUAACAGAUAGAAAAGCUGACAUGUUCCUCGGAGCUAAAAAACAUGACACGACAAAAGACCGUGCGCUAAUGGAAAAUACACAAGAUGUUGCAGCGUCUCAGGAGUCGAUGGACUGUGAGUCUGUAGGUGGGCUGGAUGAGUUUGUCCUUGCAGGCAGCAAAAGUAACACUGCUCAAACACACUGUUCAAAUGGACAGAAAUCAAAGAGGUCUAGUUCACCUGGUCCUCACCCUGUUAAAACAACCUGUGUUGCUGCACACUCUUCAAAUCCAAAGCUCAUCCUCUGUCUUAGCAACAGUCCAAGGAAGGGUGUAAGUACACCCAGUGAUGUGGAGAUGCUCAGUCCAGACAGCCCCGUUUCUAAAACCAUGCUUGUCAACAACUCUGAAGACAAGGAUCAUGAUGACAGUGCAUGCGCAGAGGACUCUGGCUUUGCAAAGCCUCAGGUAGUAGAAUCUACGCAGUCUGUCAAAGACAGGGUCCAUUUGGUUGCCAUGGGAACUGAGGAUGCUCAGAUGGCAGAGUACAGUGGCUCAUCUGAUAUGAGCCAGGACUUAAUUGGAUGCCAGUCAGGUGCAAUUUUUGAAAGUGUUUCGUUCGCAUUGCACAACAUGGACAGAAGAUGGCUGGGGACACCAAUAGAUGAGCUGAAUAGAAUGCCUCAGUGUGCUCCCCCUUUGUCUUACCUGAAAGCAGUGCCUAACCACACUGUCACUGUCAGGACAGAUCUCCUCAGAGAGGAUGUUGUCCCUGUCUCGUACCCUACAAAGUUCAAAGACGCGUGGGACGAUGUGUCUGUGAAGAUGCCGUGCUCUGAGAAAAAUCUGUUUCCUAUGGAGACUGAGGAUGGAGGUGGUGUCCAAAGUCGGUGGGAGCUGAUCCGCACUGCCUUGAAGGGAGGAUUCAAGAGUUCUCUGGAUGUGAGGGAUGCGAUACUGAGAUACAACACAGCUCAUGCAAAGAAAUGGGACUUCACUGCCCUGAACCUUCUUUGCACAGAGUGUCUUGAGCACUGUGAGGCACAACACCUGUUUGAGGUCGUACUACCAGCUAUGGUUGAGGUAGCACUCAGUGCUCCUUCCAUCUGCACAAUGCCAAUUCCCCUACUGAAGUCAAAGAUGAACCACUCCCUGACUCUGUCUCAGGAGCAAAUUGCCUGCCUUUUGGCCAAUGCCUUCUUCUGCACAUUCCCUCGACGCAACUCCCGCAAGUCAGAGUACUGCAAUUAUCCUGAGAUCAACUUUUACAGAUUAUUUGAAGGUUCUUCACCAAGAAAAAUUGAGAAAUUGAAAACCCUGCUGUGUUACUUCAGGAGAGUUACACAGAGCAAGCCCAAAGGUCUUGUUACAUUCACAAGACAAAUGCUGAACAAUUCUCCAAACUGGGAAAGUUCCCAGACUCUGCUGACACGCCUGCAUAUCACUUGUGAGGGGACAAUAGAGGAUGAUGGGUACGGGAUGCUGCAGGUGGAUUUUGCAAACAGGUUUGUAGGUGGAGGAGUUACAGGACACGGACUUGUCCAGGAAGAGAUCAGGUUCCUCAUCAACCCUGAGCUCAUCGUCUCUCGCCUCUUUACUGAAGCUCUGGAAUCCAAUGAAUGCCUCAUCGUCACAGGCACUGAACAGUACAGUAAAUAUUCUGGCUAUGCUGAGAGUUACAAAUGGAAGGACAGCCACAAGGAUGAGACUCCCAGGGAUGACUGGCAGAGACGAUGUACAGAGAUCGUGGCCAUUGAUGCUCUUAGAUUCAGGCACUUCCUAGAGCAGUUUCUCCCUGAGAAGAUUGUCAGGGAACUCAACAAGGCAUACUGUGGAUUUUUCCGAAGUAACAUCAACAGCAAGCACCUCUCUGCAGUGGCCACAGGCAACUGGGGCUGUGGAGCUUUUGGUGGAGACACACGGCUCAAAGCCUUGAUUCAGCUGAUGGCUGCAGCAGAGGCUGGAAGGGAUGUGGCAUACUUCACGUUUGGAGAUGCUCAGCUCAUGAGAGAUGUUCAUGAAAUACACACUUUCCUUACCAAAAGACAAGUCACCGUCGGGUGGCUAUACAACCUUUUGAACCAGUACUCCAGUUUGGUGUGUAAGAAUUGCCGUACGACUCGACCUGACGUCAGUCUGUACAGUUUCAUCUAUGAGAAAGUCUCUUCCCAUUCGACGACUGAUGCCCCAGACUCUGCCAAGGAUUCUGGCAUGUCCCCUGUGACAUCGGACUCUCAUUAACUCGGGGAGAGCUGCAACUUAACCACCCUCCCCAUCUCAACAUGUAAAAGAGACUCCAGGUUCAGAAAUCUCAAUGUGCUCUCAACACUCAACACUUGUGCUUGCAGUCAUUUUUUGGGUUUAAUCUCUCCCACAUACACACUCCCUUUAAGUUUGUGAUCCCAACACACAAACUACCAAAACACAGUUUUGCCUUUCUCUUUGGUGGUAUUAUAGGAGCCUUGUAGUAUGUCACCUAAUGUGGUGAAAUGUUUCAGAGACUUAUAGCAAUAGUAAAUCCUGGUUGCUGUUAGCCCUUUCUUUAGUCUAAAUGUGAUGUGGAGUUCUUCUGUUUUUACACACUUAUUACAAAUAUGGCCAAAUAUUCAUCAUAUGCAUGGUUGUGGACACAUUUCAUUAUUGAUAAUCCAGGACAUGUUAAUCCCUAUUUAUAUUGUCCCGUAUUGUGUUUUUUUGGAUGAGUUCUCUGUUUUCCAUAUCCAGGCUGUGGUGAGGUUCAUGAAUGCAGAGAGAUGAUGAGAUGCCAUACUGUAGUCUAUGCAUGGGUAACAUUUAUUUAUCAUAUAUUCUACAAAUAUAUGCUGCUCUUUUAUAUCCACUAGGAUGUCGACACUCAACUCACAUAUUGUCCUUAUUUUAAUAUGAUCCAAACUAUCAACAAAAUGGCCACUGCUAUGAGCGAGACAGAUAGGAAUUUAUGGUCGUUUUCAUCUUAGAUCAGUGAUUCUAUACUGAGUAAUAUAAUCAUUUUCAAAUAUAUUCAGUAUUAAGCAGAGUAUUGCUACUGUACAUACAAUUAAAGGGUGGAGCAGAUUAAGAAAGAAUUGCACGCAAAAUAUUUUUGUUAAUGUUUUUACUCAACGUUUACUUUGGAGAUGUGGUUAUUAUUUUUUUUUAUUAUUUACUCUUCUGAUUGACAUUGUGAUUUCUAUUUAAUGGGUUCAGAUGGAUUGAAGACUAAAUGUAUUGCGUAGUACUGUACUUAAGGUUUUUCUGUUGUACUCUUUUUAUUAUCAUUUCUUUAUUAAAAUAUAUUCUGUUAAAAUGGCAUUUCUCUGCUCAGAUCAAUAUGAUUUGCUGCCUAAUCACCUAAUGAAGGAUUAGCACAGUGCAAACAAAAUCAAAA